AUGGUUAAAGUUGACGUGAAGUACACUAAGCUCUUUAUUAACAACGAAUGGGUUGAUGCUGUGAGCAAAAAAACUUUCCCUACCAUAAACCCUCAAGAUGAAAGCAUCAUUGCGCAAGUCGCAGAAGGAGAUAAGGCAGACGUAGAUUUAGCAGUAAGGGGAAUGCUGUUGCUAAAACUAGCUGACCUGAUGGAAGCGCAAGCAAGAUAUUUAGCUGAACUGGAGACUUUGGACUGCGGGAAACCAGUGAAAAUAGCUGAGGAGGAAGUGUAUUAUUCAGCCACUGUGUUGAGAUACUACGCAGGAAAAGCUGAUAAGAUUCAUGGGAACACGAUUCCAGCAGAUGGCGACGUCCUCUCAAUGACACUUAAAGAACCAGUCGGAGUGUGCGCACAGAUUAUACCAUGGAACUACCCUAUACCAAUGAUGUCUUGGAAAAUUGCGCCCGCUCUUUCAGCAGGCUGCACUAUUAUAGUAAAACCUGCAGAACAAACGCCACUAACCGCUUUAGCAGUCGGUGCACUUAUAAAGGAGGCUGGUUUUCCCCCUGGGGUAGUGAAUAUCGUGCCAGGGUAUGGGCCGACAGCUGGUGCCGCGCUUACUCAUCACCCGGACGUCGAUAAAGUCGCGUUUACUGGUUCCACAGAGGUGGGAAGAUUGAUUCUUGGCGCUGCGCCAGUUGCGAAUCUAAAACGAGUUACAUUGGAAUUGGGAGGAAAGAGCCCGCUGGUUGUGUUUAACGAUGCUGAUGUGGAAAAAGCAGCACAAUUGGCGCAUGCGGCUGCAUUUGCUAACGGCGGCCAAUGCUGUUGCGCCGGAACAAGAACGUUCGUGCAAUCCGGUAUUUACGAGCAAUUCAUCAAGAAAGCCGCUGAGAUCGCUAACAAGAGAUCUGUAGGAAACCCCUUCGAUGACGUUCAACAAGGACCUCAGAUCGAUAAAGAGAUGUACUCCAAAGUACUGGGCUACAUACAAGCUGGAAAGGAUGAAGGCGCCAAAUGUCUAGCCGGUGGAGACAAACUCGGUGAUAAAGGAUAUUACAUAAAACCAACUGUUUUUGCUGAUGUUGAGGAUAACAUGAAGAUCGCUAAGGAAGAGAUUUUUGGACCCGUACAAAGUAUAUUAAAGUUUGAUACGUUCGAAGAAGUAGUAGACCGUGCGAACAACACUAACUAUGGUCUCGGUGCUGGAGUUAUCACAAAUGACAUCACUACAGCACUUAGUUUCGCGAAGUACGUCCGGGCUGGUUCUGUGUGGGUGAACACGUACGAUCACGUCACCAGUCAGACUCCGUUUGGUGGAUUCAAGGAUUCCGGUUUAGGCCGCGAAUUAGGCGAAGACGGUGUCAACCAAUAUCUAGAAGUGAAAACAGUCACAUUGGCCCUACCAAAGAAACCACUGCUUUGA